GAGGACAUCUCGAUCUGCAAAGAGCUAGGACCGAAGUGUCGCCGAGAUUUGGGGGGGCGGCAGAGAACUGAGGGCCCGGUGGCGGCAGGAACAAACUAAACAACAGGGCUCCGGCCCGGGGUCUGCUGGAACAUGUGCCAGGGGAUACAGUUUGUUUGACAGGUGCCAGAGUAUGUUUGCGCUCCUGAUUCUUCUCAGCCACCUGCCCACAGUUACCUUCGCGUUUCCUCAUUGCACAAGAAGCCUUCAGGAUUCCAGACAUGCCAGAGAGGAAGUCUUUACAUCAAAAGAAGAAGCAAACUUUUUCAUUCGCCGACGCCUCCUGUAUAACAGAUUUGACCUGGAGCUCUUCACUCCUGGUGACCUGGAAAGGGAAUGCAAUGAAGAACUUUGUAAUUAUGAGGAAGCCAGAGAGAUUUUUGUGGAUGAAGAUAAAACGAUGACAUUUUGGCAGGAAUAUUCAAUUAAAGGACCAUCCACAAAAUCAGAUAAUAGAGAAAAAAUGGAUGUUAUGGGGCUUCUGACUGGAUUAAUUGCUGCUGGAGUGUUUCUGGUUAUUUUUGGAUUACUUGGUUAUUAUCUUUGCAUCACUAAGUGCAAUAGGCAUCAACACUCAGGUUCUUCGGCUCUCUAUGUAAGGCGAAGCAGGCACACUCCCUCAAUUGUUUCCAGAAGAUCUGAAGAAGCUGCCUUAUCUCCGGUGCCGUCUUCUGCCGAGGACACUGGAUUACCUUCUUAUGAACAGGCAGUGGCACUGACCAGAAAACAAAAUGUUUCACCACCACCACCAUAUCCUGGGUCACCAAAGAGUUUUAGGGUAUUUAAAAAGUCGAUGUCACUUCCAUCUCAUUAAACCCCGUCUCGUCAUCUGUGUUAUCUGAAUGGGUUGUGCACUCUGAAGCAAAACAGCAAUGUGUCUACACAGCUGUUUAUAAAGCUCCGACAAGAAAUGAAGGCCACACUGCACUCUGUAAG